ACCAUGUCCUGGUUCUCACAACAGUGGGAUAAGCUCAGCAGGGCCUUUGACGACGAUCACGCAGAGGAUGAGUCGUCCUUGGGCAUCAGGGACAUCGAGGUCAUCUGGGGAAGAGACAGGCUGCGCGUCUCCCUCCCUCCCUCUCCCACCCCCCACACACUCAGCACUCUCAAAUCUCACCUCUCCCAGCAAACCUCCAUCCCCCCAGAGCACAUCAAGCUCGUCUACCACGGUCUAGUCCUCAAAGAUCCCUCUGCAACCCUCCGCUCCUACAAUGUCCGCUCUGGAUCUCGUAUCAUGCUCAUCGGAUCUGUAGAUGGUGUUGAGCAGGUCAGAGGGGAUGGACCGGGAGAAAAGAGGAGCAUGUACGCUUCCGAGGAAGGGGGUGGAUCCUCUUCGGGAGGAGCCAGGGGGGGAGGAAGCGGAGUAGGCAGAUCGAUGACAAAAGGAGAGAUGCUAGCUGAGGAGAAGAGGCGGAAGGAGGAAGAUAGAACAGAGGCGGGUGUGCAGGGUAGGAUUCAGGAGGUACUAGACAAGGUCAAGAUCGAAGUAGAGCCCAAGCUGGAUGACUUUGAAGCUAGAAUCGGCAGUGCGGGGUCAGCGCCAACGGGGACACUACCAACAGCAGCGACAGCCUCUGCAACAACGUCCAGCUCUGCCCCUCAAGCAACCACCACCCCCAAUCCCACCUCAACACCCCCUCAAGCACAGUCACAACCACAAGAGUCCCUCGAGCAAUCCCAUCGCUUACUCAAUGAGCUCCUCUCCCGCUCUCUCCUCUCCCUAGACGCAAUUCCAAUUGUAUCCGAGACGACUAGAGCAAAGAGAAAGGGAGCAGUGAGAGAAGUGCAGAGCUUGAUUGAUCGGUUGGAUCGGGGAUGGGAGGGAGUCAAGGAGGCUAGGAAGGGAGCGGGCGAGUAGAGGUAGGGUUCGGCAGACAGGCAGGCAAAGAGUAGACGGAGCCAAAUUCCAAUAGUCAAUGUCAACUUUAUUCACUUUGAUGAUCAAUCGCUCGAUAUACACACCU